ACUGUUGGUCCACCUCCAAAUGCAAAACUGUUACUGUAUAGUCUACAGUAAUAUCGUCAGCGGCAAGCUUCUCCGGCUCCGACAGCUGCCCAUACGACCAACCUCCUUGUUCCAUUCUCUCCAAUUCGCUCUCUUCUGUCUCGUCUUUCUCUAUCUUUUUUUUCUCCCCACUAUUUCUCCGACUUUUACAUUGCAAGAAAUUCCUUCUUUCGAACAACCCCACCGUCUGUUUCUUCACUUGAGCACUGAAGAGAGCAAUUUUCACAUUCUUUGAAGUCAAAUUUUUUAUUUUUUUAAUGCAUGCAAGCCCAUUUCUUGGUUUUUAGCCUCUCCAAUUUUUGACAUUUCUUUUUCUAUUUUCUGUCCCUCCAAUUUUUGGUGAAGUAUUUCAGUUGGGUUUUGCUGGAAUUUAGCAUUGGCUAUUGCUGCUAAGCAUUGUUUGAGGCUGAACUAAUUGUUGAGCUAAUGGAGUUGAAUUUGUUGUGUUGGCAAAGUUGCACAUCAGUUUGGUUUUGCUCUCACUGAGUAGAGUAGUAUGUCCAUUCUUGGCUCUCAGUAGUCUUAGUCGUGCAUUCACAUACAGUUCUGGAUACUCAAGGGUACAAGGAACCAGCUAAACGUGUAGUCCUUCUAUUCCUGUACAAAUUUUUAUCUCUUGGAAGUGCGAGUAAAUUUGCAGUUGGUUAAGGCUUAUAAAGUCUAAAAGCUUUCGUCCUUUUCGUUCAUUGUGAGACAUGAAGGACGAUUCAUCUUUUUGGGUGGAAGAAUCCAGUGACCCAUCCUUCCUUCCUAUGAAAAAAAGGAGAAAAGUGAGGAAACUAGAGUUUGUUGGGUGGGGGUCAAAACCUCUCAUGGAGUUUCUUGAAUCAAUCGGAAAGGAUACCAGCAAGAAGCUGAAUCGGUACGAGGUUACAGCCAUCAUGAAUGAAUAUAUAAAUGCCAAUAACCUAGCUGAUCCUGCAAAGAAGAAGAAAAUUAUGUGUGAUCAAUGGCUUUAUGCUCUUUUUGGAAAAAGAUCCAUCCCUCGGAUAAAGGUCUAUGAUCUGCUGGAAGCUCAUUUUGCUGAAAACCAUGAUAGUUCAGAAGAUGAUUCUCAAUACAGUUCAGAAGAGGAGGGUGGUAAUAUAACCUAUAUGAACAAGAAAGCUUCAACUUUAGAGCACAAAUUAUCUUACCAACAGAAAAAAGUCCCUGAAAGUCCUAAAAGCUGUUUUGCCGCUGUCAUUCCUGAAAAUAUUAAGCUUGUCUAUCUAAAAAGGAGUCUAGUUCAGGAUCUUGUAACUGCCCCUGAAAGUUUUGAAGAUAAAUUGAUGGGUAGCUUCGUGAAGAUUAAAUCUGACCCCGAUGAUUACUUACAGAAAAACUCCCACCAGCUGCAGCAAAUAAUAGGUAUUCAGAUGAUUGAAGCAGGCGAUGGUAGCAAAGAAGUUUACCUUCGACUUUCAAAUUACAUGAAAGAAGUACGAAUUCAAAUGUUGUCCGAUGAUAACUUCUCUGAGGCAGAAUGUCAGGAUUUGCGUGAAAGGGUCAAAGCUGGUUUGCUUAAAAGGCCUACUGUUGUGGAGCUUGAGAUGAAAGCUAAAAUGUUGCACAAGGAUAUAACAAAGCAUUGGAUUCCAAGACAAAUUGCCCUUUUGCAAAAGUUUAUCGAUCGGGCGAAUGAGAAGGGGUGGCGUAGAGAAAUGUUUGAGCACUUGGAAAGAAAAGAGCAGCUGGUGAAGUCAUCUGAACAGGAAAGACUUCUAGCAGAGACGCCCAAAGUGAUCGCUGAUGAAAUAGAGCCUGAAGCCACACCUGUGGAUGCCCUAGAAAAGGUAGAAGAAAGGAAUAGUUCUUCACCAAAAUCAAGUCAUUUGGAGGCUUCAAAUAUCAAUCUUACUUAUGAUGCAGGUUGUGCAGAUGUAGGGAUCCAUUCCAGACAUAGUGAGGGCAAUUCAGAUAAGGAGAUUAGUGGUUCUCUUUGUGAAAUUCCAUGUGUAGAAGAUGUAAAUGACUACCAACACUCGGAUCUUGUUCAGAAAGCAAGAGUGCCUGUCGUCGUGAAUGGUGAGCAAAGCAGUACAGAUGUGCAGGCUGUUGAUUCAGAAGACAAUGGGGGUUCUCCGGGAAUAUCAGAAAAAGAGGUUAAACCAGCUCAAGUGAUUGAAUUAAGUGAUGAUGAAUCUGAAGUUGAAGAUGUGAAGAUUGAAAAGCAUACUGCUGUUGGAAACCCUGACGAAUGUUUAUGGCAUUAUUUGGAUCCACAGGGAAUGGUGCAAGGUCCCUUUUCAAUGACUUCGCUAAAGCGAUGGAGUGAUGCCAACUACUUCGACCGAGACUUCAAGGUUUGGAAGAUUGGUGAAAGCCUGGACAAGGCGGUCUUACUGAUUGACGCUCUUCGCCAGAAUUUCCCUUGUAAAGAAAUAGAGAAUUAACAAGGUUAAUUAGUUCAAGCCUUAGCAAAUGCUGUGAAUAACUUCUAUUCUCUUUGAAUAGGUUAAAUCUAUGAUGAUAUAGUGUCUGAGACACAAUUUGUUUACCUGGGAUUUUGACAUACCCAGUGAUGGUUGGUAACUGCUUUACCAGUCGGCAAACUGUGAACGGAUGCUGUCUCAGAUGUCUCGUUUGAUGAUUUGGUUUAGCUAUUGCUUUCUUGUAUAGGGAACUGUGAUUUGAUUAGAGGUGAAAAUGGAAAUGUUUCUUGGAUA